UGCAGGAUGGAGUGCAAGGACGUGCCGGCAGAGACGCUCUAUGACGUGCUGCACGACAUCGAGUACCGCAAGAAGUGGGACACCAACGUCAUCGAGACCUUCGACAUCGGGAAGCUCACCGUCAACUCCGAUGUGGGCUACUACGCCUGGAAGUGCCCCAAGCCCCUCAAGAACCGGGAUGUCAUCACGCUGCGCUCCUGGCUGCCCAUGGGCAACGACUACAUCAUCAUGAACUACUCUGUCAAGCACCCUAAGUACCCCCCACGGAAAGACAUGGUACGAGCAGUCUCCAUCCAGACGGGCUACUUGAUCGAGGGGACGGGGGCCAAGAGCUGCACCAUCACCUACCUGGCGCAGGUGGACCCCAAAGGUUCCCUUCCCAAGUGGGUGGUGAACAAAUCCUCACAGUUCCUGGCUCCCAAG